AUGAGCACCUCAGAUUUUGCGACGGUGGUGUUACCAGCCCUGCCACGUCAGCUCAAGCGCCUGGAUCUCCGCUCGGACCACUUUCUCUGCCCUGCCGCGUGCGUGGACCUGCGGGGGUUCUGGUUAAGCCCUUGCGAUGAUCCGGAGAUCACAUACCCGAGCCAUGAUCGCCGCUCUUUCCUUACCGACCUCCACGUCAACACCAUCGCCGCCUCGCUCCCUAAUCUCCGCACCUUGAACCUCGACACGCCUGCGGACAUCACGGCCGCGUGCGUCGAGCACGUGGCCAGCACACUCCCGCAUCUGACGGCGCUCUCGCUCUGGUCCGACGCCGUCACGUGGGAGUCGGCGGCGCUGCUCCUCGCGCUCCUCCCGUCGCUGCAGCGCCUCUCCCUCGUGUCCGGCGCGCUGGUUCCGCGCGCCUCGCCCCAGCCGGGGCGCGCAGAGGCGGGUGCAGCAGCAGCGCGGGAUACUUCAGCGAAUGCAGCCGCUGGUGCAGAAGCAGUGGGGUCGGAUGCUCUAUCUAUCUUCGCCUCGCUCUCCCUUGCCCCCCCCAGUGCCGGCGACCCCUUCUGGUGCCCCUCAGGGUCGUCCCUGGCGCCCUGCCUCGCCUCCAUCCGCCUCCACCUGUUCCGCCACCUCACCACCCUGGAUCUGUCCCGAACCGACGUGUUGCGUCCCCCACCCCCUCCCGAUGGCGAGCCAGGGAGGAGCGAGGAGGCACUCUGCCGGGCCAUUCGCGGCCUGCCUCUCCUGGAGCGCCUGGCCCUCCCCCUGGCGUCAGACGCAGUUCUGCUGGAGAUCUCCCAGUCCUGCCCGAAGCUCACCGCCUUGCACGCGCAGCCGCUAGCUCGGUUCGUCCCUGUCGCGUCUGCUGAGGGGAGUGGCAGCAACGACUUUCUCUACUACACGUCCGCCUAUGCCAGGGCCUCCGUGCGUGUUGCCCUUCCUGCUGUCCAGCCGCGAGUGACUGAUGCUGGGGUGCUGGCUAUUGCGAACGGAUGCACGCGAUUGGUGCAGCUGAGUCUGGGCGGCUGUGUGAACGUGGGACCAGUGGGGCUGCGCCAGCUGGCGAGGCGAUGCGGGCGGCUGGAGGUGCUGAGGCUGGCGCGCACACGGGUGGACGAUGCCGCUGUCGUGGCGGCGCUCGUGACUUCUGCCCUCCUGCUCGCUCUCUCAGCAGCAGCCAGGGAGCUUGCUGACAACGAUGAGAAGACCAGAGAUGAGGGUGUGGGGCAUGAGAAAGGAAGGAAGAAGGUGAGAGGAUGCUGUGGGUUGCAGGAGUUCAGGCUGCGGCGGCUGCUGGUGUCUCCUGAAGUGAUUGGUGGAGAUUGGUGGAGUGGGAGCAAGGACGGUGGUUGCGAAGGUGUGGUGGGGGGUGGAGGAGAUGGUGGGGGAGUGGAUUCUGGUUCAGACUAUGUGGAUUCUGGUUCAGACUAUGGUUCUGAUGGAGGAGACAAUAAUGGAGGAGAUGGUGGGGGAGAUGGUGGGGGAGUGGGUUCUGACUGGUAUGUGUAUUUGAGGCUCGUUGCAAGGGAGGUGGGGAUGCUGCUGCCCAAGUUGGUGGUCACUGCUAGAAGGACUGCGGAACAUGUGUUGCCGUGGGAUGGCUUCUUUGGGGAGCGGAAACUUGAGCUGGAUGGUGACGAUGAUGAGAGUGAGUGA